GAUCGACCUGGACAUCAGAACAAAGAGCCGUGGCAUUGCCUCUCAACAGCCGUUGGGACCUUGCGGCAAUGCGUCCAUCCGAUACCACUGGAUUCACGGCAACCGAGCGGCUGGCCGUAUGGCCAGGUUUAGACAACCAGACCAUCCUCAGCUGGGGAGGCAUGGAUAUACCGACCAGAAUAUGGGGGAAGCUCCCGGCUGACAAUAAAAGCUUCGCCGCCGAGCCCCGUCUCCGAGUCUUCAGGCCAGAAUCGCGUGGGAGCUCCAGGGGAAGCUGGACAUCGGCAUCCAGCACACCACCCACGGAUUCCGAGUCCGCACAGCGCAUCCACCGCACCCGAUUCGGCGCCUGGGCCAGCUGCAACGGCUUCGGCUUCCACAUAGGUGGGCAGGUCCGGGUCGACACCGACUCGACCUACCCGGGCGUUGGGCAAAAUAAGCAAGCGUUUCCCCCAGGGCUCAUCAUAUACGACAUGAAGCGAAACCAGUGGACCAACCGCACCGCCACCGGCUUUGGCACCGCGGGAUACGGGGGGACUUAUAUGCAUGGACAAGCAGCGGGCGCGAGCUGCGAGCCUCGCGACGGCUCCGGGAAGGAAGUCGACAUGGACAAGAUCGCAUUCUACGACAUCGGGACAGGCAAGUUCCACUCGCAACGAACGACGGGCCCCAGCCCGACGCCGCGCGAGAGGCACUGCGCGGUCGCCGCCAAGGCCGACGGGACACACGCCUACGAGAUUGUCGUCUUUGGCGGGAGGCGGCAGAGCCCGGCUGAGACGUUCGUGCUGACCGUGCCGGGGUUCCGCUGGUUCCGCGCCGCGGACGCCGCGGGGACGCGGGUGGCCAGGGCGGACCACUCGUGCGCCGUGCUCGGGGCCGCCGGGGCGCGCCAGAUGGUCGCCGUGGGCGGCGUGGACGAGACGGACCUCGAGGCCCUGCAGCACCCGGACCCCUGGGUGCUGUCGAAGCACAUGCGGAUCCUGGACAUGACGGAGCUCAAGUGGGACGGCACGUACAGGCCCGACGCCCCGAGGUAUCAGCAGCCCGGCCUUGUCAAGGAGUGGUACUCUAAAGCGACAAACCUGGACGACAUCAAGUGGGACAGCGCAGAUACCCAAGCUCUUUUCGCAACCGCCAUCAACGACAUCAAAGCCAGCACAAGCUCCACUUCGGUCCCCGAGACCGCGCCGGCGCCCGAGGCCGAGCCGAGCGGGCCACCCGUUGGAGUCAUCGUGGGGGCCACCAUUGGAAUUCUCGCGGCGGGCUGGCUACUCGCGACGUGCCUUUGGUGCUUUUGUCGUCACAAAUCGUGGCCUCAGCAACAGAGCCCCAUUCUGGGACAGCACGCCACCAGAACGACAAAGACCCAGCCGUCGGCUGCUCCCCAAGAGAUGCCGGCGCCCCCGCCAGAGCUGUACGAGGAAAGCUACGCGACCAGACGACCGCAGGAGCUGCGCGACCCCAGACCUCCACAGGAACUGUAUGGGGGCCCAAAGUGGCGGUAGGGUAGGUGGCCUCCUAGGGCUGUGGGGGGUCUCUGUACAUGCGACCAAGCUUCUGCUACCAUGGAGCAUUGAAACUUAUCCUCGAUAAUAUAAGAUCCAGCGGUAAAUAAUCUUGCCCGAAACAAAUUAGCAGCCCUUUUCAAC